CGCAUGCGCACUUCGAAGGACGCUGCAACUCCCAGUGGAAGCUCUACAAGAAGUUCACACGAAAUCUACGCGUCAUUUUUUUCGUUAAAAGUUCUUUCCAUUUUUUGUUAAAUGUGGAAACCAGUGCAAAAACCUCCGGAGUAAACAAGGACGCGUUUUCAUAAAGCCUUCGACCAUGGCGUCGGAGCAGUUUUCGCUAUGUUGGGACAACUUCCACAAGAACAUGAGUUCGGGGAUGAACUCGCUGUUGGAGAACGAAGAUCUGGUAGACGUGACUUUGGCGGUCGAGGGAAAGUACCUCAAAGCUCACAAAAUGGUGCUCUCGGUGUGUAGUCCGUAUUUUCGGGAACUUUUUAAAAUGAACCCGUGCAAACACCCGAUCGUGUUUAUGAAAGACGUUUCGUAUAUUGCCAUGAGUGAUCUGCUGCAGUUCAUGUACCAAGGCGAGGUGCAAGUCAGCCAAGACAACCUCACAACCUUCAUCAAGACUGCCGAGGCGCUGCAGAUCAAGGGACUCACGGGAGACGGAAACGGCUCAGCUGAAUGUGAUAACGACCAAGACGAGCCGCGGCCCGCCGAAAUCGAGCCCCCGAAAAUGACCGCCCCGCCCCCGCGACCCAAGAAGGUCCACCAAACACCCACCCCUCCCGCGAAACGUCCAAGGUUAAGUGUUCCAGAACAAGCGAGUGCACAACAAACAAUAGCAAAGACUGAACCCGCUGCUGUAUCUAGUGCACCUAGUAACGAAAAUCUAAUACAAUUUAAAAUGGAACCGUAUGACCAGGGUCAAUCUACAGUUACAAUACCUGAUGAUAACACUGACGAAACGUUUACGGACGAUCCCUUGGACGAAACGAACGCGGAUGACGGAAAUGAGGACUAUUCGAUGAUGGAGGGCGGGGACGAGGAGCCCCAGGCUGGGACCAGCGCUGACGGAACGGCCGGAGAAGGGCAAGAUGAUUUUAAAGUCAAAAACACGCCGAAAUCGCCAGGAAAAGACGAAAGCACCGAAAAUUCUGGACAAAAGGUUCACAAACCGCUCAUGAUUAAAGGAAAAAAAGAGCUAGGUAUCAUAGACGAUAUGUCGCCUUCCAGUGGCUUCAUAAAUUUCAUCGACAACUUGUCAAUUCCUUCCGAUAGCAAACUCAAUUUUGAGAGUUCUCAUUCCGUUGUCGACCAGCUUCGAAUACUGACCCAACAAAACCGAGAAAUGUUGAGUUUGUUGAAGCUGCAGGCUAGCUUGACUACGGAUUUGUGUAUAGAGCCGCCGGUGGGUUUGCCAGUCAAAACGAGCGACGAUUUGACGGCUCUAGAGACGUAUUUAAUGGAGCCGGGUAAUUUCUCGGACAUGACGUUUUACUUGUCAAGACUGGGAGGAUCGACCGUGACUUCGGUCACGAAUAAAAUCAUGAAGCGCUGUUUAAGCGACGAGCUAGCGACGACUUACAAUUUCUGCGGCCAUCGAAACAAAAAAGCUUUCAAUACGUUGUUAUUGAGGAACGUGGUGGUCAGUGCCGUAAAACAAAGCAAUUCGAAAUACACCGAAAAAGAGGUCGAGGAUUGCAUUAAAGCCUGGCUCAAGUACGCCCCCUCGAGGAUGAAAAAGCAAAUCGAAACAGGAUAAACUUGUAGAUGUACAAAUCGUAUUUUCGGUAUUUUUACGUCACAAUAAAACGUACUUUAGAGUA